UUAUAAUUGUUUGUGUCAAAAAGCGUUCAUUUUGCUGGUUUUCUCUUACCUGAUUUAACCAGGAGAUAUACAUUUAUUUAUUGGUAUUCCAUAAAUAUUUUAGGCUUUAGCCGUUUUAUUCGGUGUGGCCUUUAAAAAAAAUAUAUUAAAUAAUGGAAACGGUAGAAAAAGAAGUUUCUAAUGGCGCUGUUGAAAAAGAAGCUAUUACAAAUAGCUCCCCUGCACCGACCGUAACGGAAAAGUUAAUUGAGGCUGAUGAAGUUCUUGCAGCUGAAGAGAAUGGAGCUGUUGAUCCUAGCAUAAAAGCCACAGAAGAAGAAGACAAGCUGGAUACUAAUGAUGAAAUUCACAGCCCCAGUGGUGUUAUUGAAAAGACUGCAGAAAUUUCAAGAAAAUCAAUAUCAAAAUCACGUUCCGCAAGUCCGCAAACUCCAGCAUCACCUCUAAAACCCGAUACAAUAAACGAAACUGUAGAAAAAGCUAGUGAAUAUGAAAAUAGCACACGAACAAAAAGUCGUAGCCGGAGUGGUAGUCCAAGAGAAAAUAAUGAUAAUAAUGUUGUUGAGGAAACUAAAGAAUCUAAAAGGCAAUGUCGAAGUCGAAGUUUGAGUUCCAAAGAUGGUUCGGAAAUGGGCAGAAGUAGGAAGCAGCGUAGAAAUAGUGGUUCCGUUGAACGUUCCAGAUCGCGAGACGCGGCGGUACGCUCCCGUAGUGCUUCAAGGCAGUCUCAUAAUGGUUCUGUACGAUCAAGAAGUGGAUCACGACGUUCACGCAGUGGCUCUGCUCACUCUCGCAGCCGAUCUAGAACUUCGCGGAGUGUAUCUCGUCGUUCUCGUAGUGGCUCACGUCGUUCACGAAGUGGCUCACGGCGUUCCCGUAGUAAGUCUAGUCGUUCGCGUAGCGGAUCAGCAAGAUCACGGAGCGGCUCAAGACGAUCACGUAGUGGAUCCAGACGUUCUCGUAGUGGAUCUGUUCGAUCACGAAGUGGAUCAAGGCGAUCCCGGAGUGGAUCAAGACGUUCACGAAGUGGAUCGAGGCGUUCUCGAAGUGGAUCAAGACGCUCUCGCAGUGGAUCCAUACGAUCAAGAAGUGGUUCAAAUCGCUCACGUAGUGGAUCAAGACGUUCACGUAGUGGAUCGAGGCGUUCACGUAGUGGAUCGAGGCGUUCUCGAAGUGGAUCAAGACGUUCUCGUAGUGGAUCCAGACGGUCAAGAAGUGGUUCAAAUCGGUCACGUAGUGGAUCCAGACGCUCAAGAAGUGGCUCUCGCCGAUCUCGCAGCGGAUCGGCUAGAUCUCGUAGUCGCUCUGGUAGCCGAACCAGCAGAAGCAAAAGUCGCAGCCGUUCGAGAUCUAGGUCUCGGUCCCGAUCUGGAUCUGUCGCGCACUCUAGGUCUAAAUCACGCAGUCGUUCCAGAUCUAUAUCAAAAUCUCGAUCGAGAAGCGGCUCUCCAUCAACAGUCAAAAAGGGGAAGAAGAGAAAUAUAUUGAGUGACUCAGAGGACGAAGGUCCUUCGCCUACAAAAAAGCGUGCUAAAAUAACGGACACAGAUAACGAGGAAGAAGAGGAAAAAGAUGCAUACACUGCAGAGGGUAAGGAAGGCGAGUCUGAGCAGAAAAAGGCAGAUGAGAGUUCUGAUGAUGAAAAUAUACCAAUAGAUGAUAGCCGAGAGAAUGAUAACUUCAUAUCUGACUUUGAUGCCAUGUUGUUACGUAAGAAAGAAGAAAAACGAGUACGGCGUAGAAAGCGUGAUAUCAGCUUAAUAAAUGAUAAUGACGACUUAAUCGAUCAGUUAAUCGUCGGUAUGAAGAACGCUGCAGACGAAGAUCGACAACUAAAUUUGGAAGGUAGUCCCGCUACGAAGAAGAUUUCAAUGCUGAAGAUGGUUAUGUCCCAACUCAUCAAGAAGGACUUGCAAUUAGCUUUCAUGGAGCAUAACAUAUUGAACGUGUUGACAGAUUGGUUGGCACCGCUGCCAAACAGAAGUUUGCCUUGCGUGCAAAUACGUGACAGCAUUUUAAGAUUACUAGCUGAUUUCCCAACAAUAGAUAGAACAUAUUUGAAACAAUCUGGCAUCGGAAAAGCUGUUAUGUAUUUAUAUAAACAUCCACAAGAAACAAAAUCUAAUCGUGAACGAGCAGGUCGCCUAAUAUCCGAAUGGGCACGUCCUAUAUUCAACUUGAGUUGUGAUUUUAAGGCCAUGUCGAAGGAGGAGCGACAAGAGCGAGAUUUAGCACAGAUGCCACGACGACAGAAAUCACCAGAACCACAACCAGUAGCGUCCACCAGUAAAAAGAAGGGUUUGAAUUCAGCUUUUGGGAAAUCCGACGAGAAGCCACUGCGACCUGGUGACCCCGGUUGGGUUGCCCGUGCACGUGUGCCAUUACCAUCAAAUAAGGAUUAUGUCGUACGUCCGAAGUCAACUGUCGAAGGGGAAAUUUCAUCGUCAACGAAACGCAAACCUAAUCGUUUCGAAAAGCAUAUGAAGAAAUUUUUGGAUGCAAAACGUUUAAAAUCAUCAAGACGUGCUGUUGAGAUUUCCAUUGAAGGACGAAAAAUGGCUUUGUAAACUUAAGGCACACUAGACGUUAUUAACAGUGAUAAAUAAAAUCUACUACAAUAAAUAAUAUAUUGUAUUGUAUUGUCCCAUUUAUUUGUAUUUUCCCCAUUCACUGGCAUACUACUUUCAUUAGCAGCAGAAGAUGGCUUAUUGAAGAAAGCUCCAAUAAAAAUUGCAAUAUGCGUAUGUUUGUAUGUUGAAUCAAAUAUAGCACACUAUAAUGAGAUUAUCUAUCUUGAAAUUGAUAAUCAUGUAUGCCCGACGUGGGUGAUGAAAAUGAAAUAAAUCAGUUAAAAUAAA